UCCCUCUCUCAAAAACAAUUCUCUCUCUCCCUCUCUCUAAAAAUCUCCCUCUAAAACUCAGUGCAACUAAAUCAAAUCCUGCUCAUACAAAAGAGGCGGCCACGGCUUCUGCAACCCUCCCCUAAUGGCGAACAACGAUCCUCACUUGUCAGUUUCUUUCGUCCCUUCUGAUGCCUCUGCGCGGGACGAGCUCUUAGACCCUCUAGCCUCCCAUGGCCCCACUUCUAAGCCCUCAAAGUUCCAGCCCAAGUUCAAACCUCGUCCCAAUUCCAGAAACCCCAACCCUAAAGCUAACUCGAAUGGCACUGUAUCAGAACCUUCCGCAUCUCUCAAUCAAGGCCCUUCAGUGAAGCGGAAGCCACCAGAAAUUUCGGAGACUAUCGAUCAAGGGUUUUCCAUGGGAAAGGGGGCACAAGGGAUAGCAGAGGUUAUGGCGAAAGUGAAGCUUGAACCAACGGAAAAUGGAGUAUCUCGCGUGAAAAUGGAGGAGGAUGUGGAAUUGAAGGUUAAAAAGGAUUCAAUGGAAGAGGUUAUGGAGGAAGCAAAGGUGGACAUGGAGAUAGAAAGUGAGGGGUUGGGAUCGAGCGAUUCUUCAUGGAAAGGAGGGGAAGAUAGAUUGGUGAGAACAAUCGAUUUGUUUCUGGUUCCUUCGCCUAUUGAUCCUGAUACACAGCUUUAUAUAAAUCAGUAUCCUCUUAGGGCUUGCUGGCGUCCGUAUGAAUUCGAUGAAAGGUGUCAAGAGGUGAGAAUAAGGCCUAAACAAUCCAAGGUAGAAUUCGAUUUGACCGUCGAUGACAAGAGUCCAUAUUAUGACCCGAACACUGAUGAUGACAUGAGAAUAACAAAGCAGACUUUGACAUCAAUGGAGGCAUCUCUUGCAACAGGAUAUGGUGUUGGGAUUCUCUCUGGCAGCAAGUUAUUCCUUAAUCGUGUUCAAGCAGUUCUACAGCUUCGACCAUCAAUGGAUCACCUGAAGAAGUCAGCCCAGGAUUCAAGAAAAAAUGACAGUCGCACCUCAGAAGAACCUACCACAUCAAAUAAGAAAAGUAAACAGGAAUCUGUUGGACCUUCUAAGAUUCAGGCAACUGAUGAGGGGCAAAAGGCAAGCACUUCACGGGAGGAUGAACCAGAGCCUUGGAUUACUCUUGAGUAUCAUGGCAUGGAAAGCCCUACUAGAGAUUAUUUCUGGCAGAAAAUGGUGACAGAAGAAAAUUCUCAACAACAAUUGUUUAUGAGUGUGAAUCAUUAUAUAACCUCUUGGAUUCCAGGAAGAGAUAGUGCUCCCCUUGAAAGAGCUUGUAUUAACCAUGGCAGAGGGGCCAGUGAUUCAAGUCUCUCUGAUGCAUUGUCCCUCGAAGAACAUAUCAAACUGUUGCUUUCUAAGGGACAAAACGAAAUCCUUCCGUUUGAAAUUCUCAUGCGGCAUGCUCCUGUGGGUUUAACUGAGCAAGAAGUCCUUAAGGUGCUCCAAAAGCAUGCCCACUUAGUGCAGGGGUAUUGGGUCCCCAAAAGCCCAUUGAGAUAUGAAGCUGAAUAUUGUAAGGUUCGGGACUACAUUCUCCUCUUGUUCCACAAAGAACGAGUGAUACAACAUGAUGAAGUGAAGGGGUUACUAAGCUGGAAGACUGAGAUUUUUGAAAAGGUUAUGAAUCCAUUGGGAUCUCGGAAUCGUGAGCUUAAGCGUUGGGAAUUCAAACUUCCCACCCAGAAAUCCUUUUUACAAAGCCAUGAGAAUGUGGUGGAAGAUCAAUCUCGGCUUUGGUUGAGUCUGGAAAAGCAUCUAAUGGAUUCAUUACCGUGGCUUAAAAAUAAGGCUUCAAAUUCCCGGGUUUCAUCUAAAAUAAAUACAAAGGGUUCUUCUAGUGUGGCCCCACUCUCUGGUCGUGGUGAUCAGCCUGCAAAAAGUGUUGCAGAUGGGGCUCAAAUCUCUGAGAGAUCAAUAAUGUCAGAAGAAGUUAGAGAGGCAAUUUCAGAUGCGCUUCGAGAUGUGUUCAAGAAGUACCAUGUUUGCAGCCUGCCGAUGUUACGCUCAGGAUUACGUGAUUUGGGUAUCUCCAAAUCUGUUACACCGAAAGCUGCUACAAGAGUUGCCGCAGCUGCAGCGCAUGGGGCUGCUGCAUCUGAUGCUGAACUUCUCUCUCAUGUCAAUAAAGUCGCUGUAAAUAUACAUGGAGUUUAUGCGCUGAAGUCACUUAGCAAUCCACUAUUAGACCCUUUGAGGGAGGUUGUUAUUAGUCUUCUUUGUGCAAGUAAACCAAAGGCAAAGCUAAAGAAAGUAGAAGUAAUGCAAGCUUUUAAGAUCAAGUUUAACAAGGAGGAUGUCCCCCCCAAUGUAUAUAAACAGGUUUUAACUGAACUAUGCGUCUCACAGGCUGGUGGGUGGGUGCUGAAAAGUGGGGAUGGAAGGCCCCUAUGAAUCUCUGACCUCUUUCCAAAUCCCACAAUGAUAACAGGCUGGGUCUCAUUGACACCAUAUCAAUUACAAACGGCAACUUCAUUCCUCGCCCUCUCUCUCUUUCGACAUGGCAUACAACAGUCAAGAAAGUGCAGAUCAUUGCACACUGACACAGUAAAACUAAAAUUGUGAUCAGUGUUCAAAUAGGUAUAGAGAGAAGGGAAUCAGUCAUAUUUCGUACAAAUUUUGAUUGCAACGAUUUGUAUAUGGGAGGUACUUGACUGUUGUAAGGGAGGUCUUGCUCCUUAAACAGAGAAAGAAUAGAGAAGGGUUUCGGGUUGUGGUAAUUAUUGCCUUUAGGGCUUCACUCAAUGCUCAUUCAGUCCAGUGUUGA